UUCUGGAAAAUUUGGUGUUGUGGGAAUAUCUAUCGUCGGAGUGUGGUAGUUAGCUUUUGCUUAAAGGCUCGAAACGCGAAUCUCUUCCCUUCUUAAGAAAGAGCAAGGGUUUCACCUACUCACUGCCACAAAUUCAUAGAGAUGUGUAAUUCAGAGGGCGAGUGCAGACCCUUAGGUUUUCUCUUGGGUCUCCCCUUCGCCUUUCUCUCCCUCAUCGUCUCAAUCGUUGGCAUUGUCGUCUGGAUCGUUGGGUUGUUGCUGACAUGCAUAUGCCCUUGCUGCUUGUGCAUAACGGUGUUAGUGGAGUGUGCGUUGGAGUUGGUGAAGGCUCCGCUGCAUGUCAUGGGCUGGUGCACUUCCCAGAUUCCAUGUUAGCUUCUGUUUCUACAAAUUUUAUUCUAUCACAAAGCUCCUCUCUUGUAUUUGCUGGUUUCCUUGAUUUUAUCAGCCCUUUAAUUAUUCUUCAUUGGAUAAACAUAAACUAUUCACUUCGUUCAUAUAAUUAGCCCUAUUUUAAAUUUCAGACUGUGUACGAGAAAAUUGUAAGUUUUAGUCCUUAUAUAUACCCCUUGUUGUUAACUUUAGAAAGGACUUCAAAACCGUUACAAAGUCUUUCUCGCAGCUAUAAUUAAAUUGCUGCAAAAAAAUUAUGUAGGGACUAAAACUUGCAUUCUUGUUAUAUAGGAACUACCGGAGAGACUGAGUGAAUAGGUUAUUUAUUUUAAUUUUAUUGGCUUUUGGUGAGUCUGGGAAUUUGAUGUUAUGGCCUUUAUUGUUGAUUUGUGUGGUUUGAGAGUUCAUAGUAUAUUGUGGUUUGUUGUACAUAUAUUACAAUAAUGAACUUGCAGAAAUUAUUGUUUUGGCUCAUUUUGAUGACUGAUGUAUUACGGUUUGCAAUGAAAGCAACAUAUUCGUUGAUGGAAGAUAGAGUGUAAAUUGUAUAAUACAAACAGAAGCUCAAGGGUGGAUUUGUCAA